AUGGAACGCUCCUUCGAGGAGUCCACCCUCCAAGAAGAAGAAAACGAGGUAUCACCACCUCGCAUUACUGUAUCAUCCACCCAUGUCAUUAGCCCACCACCUAACAAUACCAACCCAAUCACAAGUGCUGAAUCAACCAGCCCCGAGGAAAAUAACUCGGUUCACUCUCUACCAAAUCAAAUACCAGAAACCCCGAUUCUUACGAAUACGGGAGGAACAUCCAACCAAGGAGUCAACAGGGCACCUGAAAAAAGCUCAGAACCUUUUUUGAAUACUAACUUCCGAAACCCAAGAGUACAACAAUUCUUCGAUAACACACACAUAACACCAACAACUAUAGUAAUCAACAAGCACGAAACAAGCCAAGAUAUCCAACUAACGAAAACUCUGAACAACCUGAACAUUCGGCAUACAGAGGAAACUCUCAAGAUGCCCGUAAUGCGCAGAAUCUAG